UUUUUGUUACUGAUUUGUCAAAACUGGGUAAAAAUGGUUUAAAAUCAACAAAGAUUGCUUUUAAUUUCGAUCUACACGAAUAUUUUAAGAGCCCUAUAGAUCUUUACUCUAUUUGUAAUGAGCUCUGGUAAAAAUGAAAGUCAAAAAUUGCCAGAUGGUUGGGUUUUAUGUCAAUCCAAAUCGAUUCCAGGUAGGAGAUACUAUUUUAACAAAAAAACUGGAAAAUCUUCAUGGUCUGAGCCACAGGCUGAUGAGCAUUCAGACAACAAAGCUAAUAAAAAAGAAAAAAUGCGAAAAGCAGCGAAAAGGAAGAAAGAGGAAAUAGCCAAGAAGGCAAUGAAGAGAAAGAGUAAUGAAGAUGACCAGAGUACAUCUAAGAAAGUAAAACAGGAAUCUCCUAAUAAAAAAGACAGGUACAAGCAAAAGGGGGCUUACGAAUCAAAGAAAAAAGAGACAACCACAAAAACAACACCUAAUACUUCCUUUAAGGCAUCUCCCACUAAAAAGGAAUCACCAACAAAGAAAACUCCUGUCAAGAACUUGGCUAAUUCUAGACUUUCACAGUUGAGGGAACAAUUAGCAGCUGAUGUUGCAGAGGAAUCCCAGGGACCCUCCAACAAACGAUCAAAAAAUACCUCUACUCCUGGUGACACUCAAAGGAAUAAGGCAGAACACAAAAGCCCAACAAAUGAGUCAAAAUCAGGGCAAUCUCCUGGAAAUGAGAGUGUUCACUCUAUUCCAUCACCAUCGCAAUUCUUUGCCGCAAAUAAGAUCAUCUCCUCCAUGAAAGCUCAGCUACCAGAUGAGUAUUUUAACACAGAUAGGCAAAAAGACACUUUUGCUGAUAUUGAAAAGGGAAUUUGCAAUCAAGUACCGGAAUAUCCUUCUCUUAAGCAUCCGGCUACUCCGCCUCAGUUUUCCGAAGCGAGUAAGCUAAUGUCGGCCAUUAAAUCCAAGUUAUCAUACAAGGCAUCACCUAGAGAUAAUGAGAAAAGUUUUAUGUCAGCAAAGGAUAGAAUGGAAAAGCUAAGAGCCAAUUUGAGUUCUGAAAUAAAUGAAUCAGAUUUGAAUGUUUCGAAUAAAUCUGUUGUAUCAGGAGGUGAUACAACAGUAGAGGCAAUGGAAGUUGAGCUGAAUGAUGAUACAAAUGGGGUAAGUCAAGUUAAACAAAACAUUCCUGUCUCAAAAAAGGAUGUGAUAAUAAAUGGUGCUGACGUUGUUCUAGUGGUAGACACAAACAUUUUCAUACAUGAGUUGGAACUCAUAAAAAAUGUUCUCAACUCGCACAUUAAAGGCUAUAGUGAGCAGCCAACACUGUUGGUUCCAUGGCGUGUUAUCAAUGAGCUGGAUCGUUUGAAGGAUAACAAUAACGGCAAUGGAGCACUCUGCAAGAGAGCCAAAUCAGCUAUGGACUACUUAUACAAAUCACUACCAGAAAAUAAUCGGAUAGUUGGUCAAUCAUUACGUGAUGCAAACUCCCACAUUUACCCUUGUGAAAUACCAGAUGAUGAGAUUUUAAACUGUUCAUUACAGCAGGUAGAAAGAGGGAAGAAUGUGAUUUUAUUAUCAAACGAUAAGAACUUGUGCAACAAAGCUACCAUCAACAACGUGAGACACAUAAGUGUGAGCAAGCUGCGAGACAUGCUAGAGAACAGGGAACAGGGGACGGACCCAGAGUUGGCGGCCACUGUGAAACACUACCAGCAGACUAUGUAUCCACUUCUGGCUAAUAUAUUAGAGAACGAAAUGCGCGCGAAAUAUAACAAUCUCUGGCAGCACGUGUUAUUCAAGCCACCUCCUUGGACGCUUAGCGAUGUUCUACAGUGCCUCCUCAAACAUUGGAUAGCCGUCUUCAAUGAAGUCUUCCCCAGGAUAGAGCACAUUCUCAAAGACCUCAAUAGUAGUUUAACGUCUAUACUGAAAAAAGACCAAAAUACACUCACGCAUUCCGAAGUAACGAAUUUCAAGGAGUUAUGUGUGGACGUGGCGCGGCGGUGUCAGAUCAUUCCGGAGUACAUGGAGCUAGCGAAGAGGACUGUGGACAAACUGCUGCACGGUGUCUCGGACAAUGCAGAGAGUGAGGCACCACUGGUCCGCGCUUUCGAGGCACUUUGGAGUGUACUGUCUAGUUAUUGCUCAAAACUUAGUUCAGCGCUGGGUCUACCUCACAGUAUAGAAGAUAGCGUACCGGGCAACGAGCCUCUUCCAGUGCUGAUCAGCAAGUGGUCGCACUUCAACACUCAUCUCACAGAACUCACCUUGGCUAUACAAGGUGUUCUGAGUGUAGAGAAUCCGCUGGAAGAACACUUGCAAAGGUUAGAGAAUGCUUUCAACAAAGCCCUGUCAUCGUUCUGUAUGGAUGGUCCGGUUACCAGGGAGCAGCUUAGGUUAUUCUCAUCUAAAUGCAGGAACAUGCUAGAAGAAGCUCACACGAAGUUUACUCAGCUAGUUGAAUUAUUAAUUGUCUGUAAAAAUAAUUAUUCACAACUUAACUAAAUGUUAUUGUUUGCUGCAGUCUUUGUGUCAUAUAAAUUAUGUAAUAUUACUGAUCUCAUUUUAAUAUGUAUUCUAUGUAUUUCGGGUUAAGUUUGCAGUGAGUGACAGUGACCAAUGACGUUUAGGAACUCACCCAUUGUGGAGUAAACUCAUUGGUUAAUGAUGUUGUACCGAUGACCAAAAACUUAAUUCGAAUUUAGAAUCGACUAGGUAUAGCAUAUUAUUUUUAGGGUUCCGUACCCAAAGGGUAAAAACGGGACACUAU